UCAGACCCUUCCACUCUGCUCGUAGACUUGGCUACCAUCAUCAGAAUCACCAGAGUUGUCAUUAGCUUACCAUCUCUUGCUGCUAUGGCAAAGAAGAAUCUCAAGUCUGCUCUUGCAUCGCACAAUCUCAAAAAGGCUCAAAAGGCCCACGAGGAGAAGGUGCAAGCAGCUCAGGCGCGCAAGGCAGACAGUAUCAAGGCCUCUGCCUCGGGAAAUGCUGCCAAGAAGCGUCAGCAGGCAAUCAAGAGGAGGAAGCUAGUAGGGGUAGUAGGAGAGGAUACAGAGGGCUCUACGAAAGCUCUGGAGCUAGAGGGUCAGAUCAAGAGGGUGGACAAGGGUAAAAAGAGGAGCGUGGAGCCUUUUGAAAAGGACGACACGAUCCUGCUAGUGGGAGAAGGCGACUUCUCCUUUACCCUCUCCCUCCUCUCACCACCUCACUCUCACCCACCAAACCGCAUCCUUUCGACGUCCUUCGAUAGCGAGGCCUCCUGCUUGGCCAAGUAUCCUCUCGCUGCCUCGCACCUGGCGCAAAUACGCGCCCUUUGUCCAGCAGGCAUAGACGACCUAGUCCGGUUCAACGUCGAUGCCGGAGCUCUACAGAGCGACAAGUUCGUGCGCAAGUGGGCCGAGCGGGCAGGUGGGUUGAACAAGGUAUGGUUUGGAUUCCCACAUGUAGGAAUGGGACAUAAAGACGAGAGGAGGAACAUAUUGGCCAAUCAGCUGCUCCUGCUGCGCUUCCUCGUUUCAGUAGCCCCGCUACUUGCUACUGGAGAGAAGCCGAGGUAUGCGUUGCUGAACGAGCAGGGAGGUGGAAAAAGCAAGAAGAGAAAAGGGGGUGAGGAGGAUGAGGACGAAGAUGAGGGAAAUGGAGACGCAGCUGGAGAAUACAUAGAAGAAGGCAUCGACGGGGCUCUCUCUCCUCUUGGACAGCUCGACGAAGAAGAGACCCUCAUGGACGACGACCUAGCGGAUGUUCCUCUCCCUCACGAGGCAGGUUCUGAUCCUACUACCACGAGCGCCACCUCUGCAACAACGCCCUACCCACCACAAUCAGCUCCCCGCGCAGGCUCAGUGAUGGUGACACUGCGCGAAUCGAAGCCCUACACCCUCUGGCAGCUUAACCACCUCGCUACCCGCCUUACCUCGAUGCUCCCCCUGGUGGUGGCUAGUGCGCCUGCCCUGCCCAAGGGCAUGAAAGCACCCACCAUCGAGGAUGUUCGCCAAAACUUCCCCGAGCAGGAAGGUAGUACAAAGGAGAGUCCAGCAGGCGGUAAUGGUGGAGGCUUGGGAGGGCAGAAGAGAAAGGAUAGAGGCUACGACGUUUGGCGUUCCUUCCAAUUCCACCCUCGAGAGUGGAAGGGCUACCGACAUGUGAGGACCGUAGGAGCAAAGGCGGGAGGCGGAGACCUACUGUCCAUCAAGGAGGGUGAGGAAGAGGCGAGUUGCAGAACGUGGGAGCUGGGCCUCAGGACUUGAGGGCACAAUGUACGUAUUGACAUUCUCUUUCGCCAAGUAGGAGCACGAAGUCAUAGCUUUGCCUUUUCCCGGGACUGUCGCUCCUGCUCCGUCUGGCGGAUCCCCUCCCUGAUCCUGCCAGCGAGCUCGACUGCUUCAUCGUCAUCGAGCUCUUCGCGUCCAUGGCCGAAAAGACUGAGUGCAUUGGGUUUCCGUUGGCUUUGGCUUUGGGUCUUGCUAGAGCUUGUCAUCUUUGAAGAAGUAGAGGAAGAAGC